AGUGUGUAUGAAAUGACUGUGCUUGUUCGUCUGUCGAAAACAAGAUGGCGAGAGGUACCAGUGCAGGGUUCGAUCGUCAUAUAACUAUAUUUUCACCCGAAGGACGACUGUAUCAAGUCGAAUAUGCGUUUAAGGCUAUCAAUCAAGGUGGAUUGACUUCUAUUGGUCUUAAAGGCGAAGAUACUGCAGUUCUGGUCACCCAGAAGAAAGUUCCUGAUAAGCUACUUAAUCCAUCAAGUGUAACUCAUAUGUAUAAACUGACAGAUAAUAUUGGCUGUGUAAUGACUGGUUUAGUAGCUGAUGGACAGUCUCAAGUUCAUAGAGCACGUUACGAAGCAGCUAAUUGGAAAUAUAAAUAUGGAUGCGACAUUCCCAUAGAUGUCCUGUGCAAGAAAAUUGCUGACAUUUCACAGGUUUACACGCAGAAUGCAGAGAUGAGACCCCUAGGAUGUAGCAUAAUGAUGAUUGCUUAUGAUGGAGAACCUCAACUCUACAAGGCAGAUCCAGCCGGUUACUACUGUGGUUAUCGAGCCACCAGCGUAGGUGUUAAACAAGCAGAAGCAAAUAGUUAUUUAGAAAAGAAAUAUAAGAAAAGAAUAAAUUAUAAUCAUGAUGAAGCCAUUCAGCUGGCCAUCACUGCUCUUUCUACUGUUUUAUCUGCCGAUUUUAAGUCAUCAGAAAUCGAAGUCGGGGUGGUUUCUAAAGAUAAUCCUAAAUUUAGGACCCUGACGGAACCAGAGAUAGAAGCCCACUUGGUAGCAAUUUCGGAAAGGGAUUAGAAUGUCUUUUAACAGUAAAAUGUUCACCCAUGAUAACAGUUUUUCUACUUGUUUAAUUUGCUUUUCACUUAUACACCAAUACUUUUCUUUAUUCAAAAAUAUUAAAUAAAAUUAAUUUUGAAUUUUUAAAA